ACUUACUUAGUACGUAGAUUUCCGCAGUCAUUGUUAGAUACAGUACCUGAUCUGAUACUUAAACGCGGGGACGACACAGAGGAUCCACAUUGUGCAGUCAGAGGUAUCAACGUAUAUGUAAGUAUGUGCAGUAGUUGAUGAUCUAGACUUUCAACGUUUGAAGUUGGUACCGGAUAUAAUUCACUCCUCAUCUACUUUCUCCAUUAGGUGUACGACGUAUGUAGCUAGCCAGCCAUAACUUUAAGUCGGUAGUAUUGUACUGAGUUUUUCUCUCCCCGCUGCAACAACGUAAUACCAAACAUCUCACCUCCUGUUUUCCACCUACCUCACAGAAUCUUCCUAUUUCCCUCCCUACAAAUAUAUACCUCUAAUGCACCUAAUGCUAUGACAUCCCGAGCUUUUCGUCUUCGUACUCGUUUGUCGUCACCAUCAUCAUCAUCAUCAUCAUCAUCGUCAUCCUCCAUCACCAACAUCCACAUCCGACGACUACUUAUAGACACCUCCGACUCUAUACCAUAUUAUGGAGGCUCUACAGUUGGCCCAGAUGCUGGCUGAUCUGAAUGAUCUCCAGGCCGCCCAAGACCAAGCCGCUGCUAAAGCCCUCGUCUCUACGAACAAGACCCUUGACGCCCCCAACCAGCACAAGCCCCAGACGAAUCAUCAGCGAAGCGCUACCGAGAGUCGCAUAACCUCACCUCCUCCCUCUGCUGGUCGCUUGACUGACAAAUACGGCCGCCGAAUCUUUUCGCCACCACUCUCCAGGACAAACUCCGCCACGCCUUCAUCAAUACCCGGCACUCCCCGCGGUGAACAUGCCGAUUCAGACGUCGACAGGGCUUCCACCCUGCUAUCUCUCUACGAGAUUCGCGCAAAAUUAAGGGAGCAAGACAACAGCAGUUUGAUGAAGGCGCGAGAGAAGAUCAACGCUUUAGCUGCAAAGCAGCAGUUACAGCAGCGGACGGCGGCAGCAGAACAAAGAAAAUCGGCGUUGGGUCAUCAGCGAGAACGAAGUGAACCCUCUAAUUUACAUCACCCCGGAAGGACCUAGGCCGGUCUGAAGGGUUUUUGGGAUUGAUAAGCUAUAUGGCGAUCGGAGUUAAGGGACACCUCGUGAUGGACGAGUUGGGUUUUAGGGAUAUGCCCAUGGAAGACACGCGACUGCAAGGGCAUCGGCGUAAGUUGAAAGGAAUAUUCUGCUACUGGCCUCGCUUACUGGAGGGGAAUUAUUUCAUUUACACUUUUCGUAAUAUU